UCCGUGUGAACUAACUCUUGCAGUGCGUUCCUUCGCACAAAACAGAUGGCACCAAGUGCCUCAGCAACAGCAGCGUCGAUCCGACGGCACGCGCCGGUCCGGAACGGACCACAGGGGCUGGCUGACUGCAUGUUCAACGUCAUUGUGGGGAGGGGAGAAGUGUCACCCCUUCCAGGGCUACCAAUUUAAUUUUACACAUUUGAGUUUUCACCUCAUCCGGUUUAUGUAUUUUACCAACUGAGGAGGGAAUGGAUUAUUUUUCAAGGAGUUUUUAAUCAACAUAUUCGCGCAGAUCUGCAGAAGAAAACACAGGAGAGCACAAGCGCUAAUAUCAAGACGCAGCAUAGUAUACCCCCCACCCCUCAUCACAGCAACGCCCAUAGCAACCGCCGCGCAUCCUCUCUUCCAGUUUCCGCUUGUUUUUGCCUUCCCUCCAUCUGCCACCACGGUUCAUCGCCUACACCCCCCGCCGACAGUCAGCGCAUUCAUUCCACUUUAUUCAGCAUCCAUAACCCCUGGACAGACCAAAAGGGUCCACGCUUUUGGUGUGCAUAAUGUUCGUUUCCGCAAGGGUAUAGCUUCCUCCAUCCGUCUCUAAAGUCUCGCUAAUUGAUGCCAUGCCAAGGCAGCACAGCCUACAUCUUUUGACGAAGGCCGUUUCUCGCUGACCCCGGAAUAAUAUAUGUGAUGAUGCAGGUUCUCUCCCCCCUGUAACACAUUCUGUGUGAGACUGAAUGGAAACUGGAUCAGUGAUCUGCUCCUCUCUCCUGAGAGUAACUGCAGCACUGUAAGAUCAACCGAUCCCCAGACCCCACCCACCUCACUGGCCCUGGCCUAUCAGGGAACUGGCCUCCGCACAGCAACCCGUUCCAUCCCGCCCCCUGUAUGAGGGACAAGGCCACCCAGACCCCCAGGGCCUGGGCAGAUGAACGCAGAAGAGGCUCUCACAAGCGCUCUGCCUCCUGUGGGAGUACAGACCAGCUGAAGGAGAUCGCUAAAUUGCGGCAGCAGCUUCAGAGGAGUAAGCGAAGCAGCCGCCAUCGCCGAGACAAGGACCGCAAGUCACCCUUCAAUGGCAACCAUGCUGCAAUCAUCCAGUCACAGGCUCAGAUGCCGAAGACCAUCCUGGUCCCAAUCCCCAUCUCCAAGUCCACCGCCCCUCGCUUCAGAAACAGCGUGGAGGGCCUCAACCAGGAGAUUGAACGCAUCAUCAUCAGAGACACCAGCGAACGGGACGAGGUCAUUGUUCCUCAGGAUGUCCCCGACGGACACCGUGCCCCGCCGCCCCUCCCCCAGCGAAGCAGCAGCACCCGCAGCAUCGACACGCAGACGCCGUCCGGCGGGGGCCUGGGGCCCGGCGGUAACCACAGCAACAGCAGCAGCCGCUCGGACUCGGUGUCACCCUCAUACCUGAGCAUCCUGAACGACAGCAGCCCACUGCCGGAUGACGACACGCUGAGCGAGAGCAAGGAGAAAGACCUGGGCCCCACCUCUCCACUCCCCAAGUACGCCUCGUCCCCCAAGCCCAACAACAGCUACAUGUUCAAGCGUGAGCCGCCCGAGGGCUGUGAGAGGGUGAAAGCCUUCGAGGAGUCCCAACCCAGACCCCUUCAGGAGAUUCCUCCUUACCUCUGUCCAGACAGGAACAAGGUGAACUUCAUCCCCAAAAGUGGCUCUGCGUUCUGCCUGGUGAGCAUCCUCAAGCCUUUGCUUCCAACCCCGGAGCGAGGCUUCCGUGGCGGGGUGGGCCUGCGCAGCCUCUCCCCGUCUCUGGUGCCCCUGGGCGGGGUAGGUGUACGCAGUCUGUCCCCUUCCCUGGGCCUCUCCCGGGGCUCCAGCUCCCUGCACCAGCCCCACUGUCUGCCCAGACACCCAGAGGAGCCAGAAGGUUAAGGGAGACCUCUGGUGGUCAAACUGAGGAACUGCAUCUCUCUCUUUCUCUCUGAAAAACAAAACAAAACAAACAAUUGGCAAAGGAAUUCAGCAAACAAGUGGAUCAUCACCUCUUCUAUCAGAGCUCCUCCGGACUUGCUUAAACAUCACACCUCAUCACAGAGCUAAAUAUUCUGUUUCCCUUUUCAACUUGAAUGUGAAAAUGUAUCAUAGAUCGCAAAAGAAAAGACUACCCCUCUUGUCUGUCAAGGAUUACAAACCCCAUGAUCCAAAUAUCCAUCACAGUGGCAUCUUUAUGCUUCAUUUUUUUUUCUCAGUUUCAGUUAGGUUGCAAUUGCUUUUACCAUGAAGCCUUGUAAACGCCACAUUUCCUUACUUGAUUGUGUGUGUGUGUGUUACGCUACAACUCUUAUCCGACCGAGCAGUGUUUACCUUGACUGCUGGUUCUGAAGAACCCCGAGCUGACGCUUCACCACAAACUUUUUUUCUGUUGCCAAGGAAACGGUCUCAGCUUGGGGACCUUAUUUCGUAGCAAAAUGGCGGAGGGAGCAGGAGACACUGAAAGUGCUGACCUGAAUCAACAAAAUGUGCCUGACACCCUGUCUGCAUUCUUUCUUUUUUCCUGCUUUCCUCCUUUCUCUCUCUCUCACUCUGUCCAUCCAUCCCAUCCAUACAUCCUACAAUGUGAAGAGAAACACAGAUGUCUCAGUUCAUUCUAAAACCUCUGAAGUGUGUGUUUUAAUGUGACUUUUUAUGGUUAGCCAGAGGACCUGGUGCUAUGGUAGAGAAGCUAAGGUAUAAAUGUAAUGUAAAUACUCUUUGAAGUGGUAUGGGUUUUUUUUUUUUUUCCGUUUGAGCCUUGUAUAUGAGCUGGGGACGGGCAAGAAGAGCAUGAUCCUGCAUCAGAGCUUUAUGUCUGUGGAGGCCCUGCGUAGCAGUCAUAAACCACACCUGCACUAUGUACAGACCAUAGCUGUGUCAUGAUGAGCUAUCUGCCAGAGCUGUAUGGCUUUGCUAUGCAGGGGGGUAUGUUGAAAAAGGCUUGUGAGUGUGCUAGCUAGGCUACAUGUGUCUUGCAUAGGGACCCAUUAAUAAGAGUAAUCAUCGCUUUACAACUAAACAUUAAGUAAAUAGAAAAUGUAUGUGAAUGGCAGGCAUGAAUGUACAAUGGUAGCUUAAGACAUCCAGCUCAUUUCAGCAGAGACUGCCAUCCCAUGUUCAGAUGACACUCUGGAAGGAGGGGCAGCUGCAUCCUGUUUGAAAGCUUUUCCCUGCUUCCUCCUGCAUGGGUGGGCCAUUUCUUUAAAACCUAGAUUGAACGUUUAAUCUGCAAAUGGUUCCACAAUGAACAUCCCUCCAUGUAUUGCAAAAAAACACAGUGCCUCCAUUUUCGGAAGGAGUUUCUAAAGCAGCACUGUAAAUGCUUACCAUUACUGCCCUUUUCUGAAAGAGAUGGGAAUCACUUUAAAUUUGAGGGGGUAUCUUCCAGAGAUGUGUUGAAAGGUAUGUUUUAAAUCAUAUUACAGGAUUGGAUGGGGAGGCCUUUAGCAGGGGGAUUUUGUACAUUCUAACAAAAGAUUUAAGGUUCUUGCGCUGAACUCAAUGAACGUUAAUUUUACAGCAUUCUCGUCACUCUGGUGUUAUGGUACCUGCUGAAGGAAGAAGGUGGUUUGGGAUUGGAAUGGAAGGAUGACCUGGGAAAGAGAGGAUGGCUGUUGUAGCAUCUUUUAUUCUGUAUAUUACGCCACUGCGUCAUACUGUGAGCCUCAUUACUCUUCCUUGAGACAAAGUUUGUGUGGACACAAAAGUGGAAAAUAGGCAAAACAUAGAAGAUAAAUUUGUACUGUACAUUGCCUUAAAAUGUAUGAAAUAUCAGAGAAAUGUUUAACAAAAAAAAGGACAAAUGGCUGUUAUAACAAAUAUUAAAGCCAAAUGAUAUGAAAUGAGA